AUGCGCCCACUUGUUCCAAGACCUUGGGAGGAACAUGAGAGCGUGGGCAAGAAGGGCGAGAAGAAGGACAAGACGAGCAGCAGUAGCCCAGCACGAUGUCCCGACCUGAUGGCGACACGAGAAGAGAAGGAAGAGGAUACCACGUCGCCAAAGCGCAGCAAGCCCACAACGGCUUCGAUACACUCCAAGCUCCCGUGCACAGCCGUGACUACCUUGCGCUCGCAGCCUUGUGUGGGUUGGACAUGUUCGGAGACCGUACCUCAGCAUCGGCUCGUGACGCGUAUAUUCUUCGUACUCAGGAGGGUGUGGCAGAGUCUGGAAAUCCUCCUCGUCAAUUUCCUCGUCAAUUCCGCGGAAGACCUGUUCACUGCGGAAGCCGUCGACGCCGUGAAACUGAGGAAGCUUGUCCACGUGUAUCUUGACCGGACGUCGCUCGCGUGUGAAUCGAUCGUACGCUUCCUCUGGCUCUUCUCCAGGUUGCAAAAACUUCCCAGCGCCGAGAGCAGCAAGUGA